UCAUCAGAAUGAUGGACAGAUAACUAAUCUAUAAACAUCUCAACAAACACACAUAUCUUAUUCAGUCAGUGUCGGGUGAGGAUCACUGUAUAUCAGCUUAUAUCAGGAAACUCGUCCUCUGAACUGGUUUGUGGAUAAAAAGAAAUAAACUGGACUGUCAAAACUGACAAUGGCUUUCAUUCAUAAAGAUGUCUUAAGACUUAUCUUGGCCAUUUCAACUGUGACACCGGUGACGACUGCAACUGACCCCUGCUACAACUACACUGUGCUGGACAAUCCAUGGAGAUCCAUCAGUAAUACAUAUAACACCAUGUGUGACACCUCUGUAUCCUGGAGCGGCUGGUAUCGUCUCUUCAUUAACGGCCUGAGCGCUUAUGUCGCAGACACGUGUGUUGCUCGGCAGAGAUGUGGCACUGAUUACGCACUGUGGAUAAGUGGUGGACACCCAACAGUUAAGGAUGGAGUCGUCACUCGAGAUGUCUGUGGUUAUGCUGGCAGUUUCUGCUGCUAUUACGGGUCUUAUCCCAUUAAAGUCAAAGCCUGUCCAGGCAAUUAUUAUGUCUAUGAGCUGGUUAGACCAACUCUCUGCUAUUCAGCAUACUGUGCAGACACUGGUAACAUUACCACUGUCACACCAGUGACCAUCUCACCUGACCCCUGCUACAACUACACUGUGCUGGACGAUCCAUGGAGAUCCAUCAAUAAUACAAAUAACAACAUGUGUGACCAGUAUGUCUCGUGGAGCGGCUGGUAUCGUCUCUUCAUUAACGGCCUGAGCGCACAUAUCCCAGACACGUGUGUUGCUCAGUAUAGCUGUGGCACUUAUUACUCACUGUGGAUAAGUGGUGGACACCCAACAGUUGAGGAUGGAGUCGUCACUCGAGAUGUCUGCAGUUAUGUUGGCAGUUUCUGCUGCUUUUUGGGGUCUUAUCCCAUUAAAGUCAAAGCCUGUCCAGGCAAUUAUUAUGUCUAUGAGCUGGUUAGACCAAUUCACUGUGCUUCAGCAUACUGUGCAGAUGUUACUAACAUCAGUGCAACCUUUCCAACAGUCACACCAGAGACGACAUCAGCUGGUAUAAAUAUAACACUGCAGGAAGGAUGCACUAGUCAGAACUGUUUCCAAAAUCUACUUGAGCAGAUUGAGAACAUUACAUCAUCUCAAGUGCUCUCUGUGACUACUGUGACGAACAUUUUGACUAUGGCCUUCAAUGCUUCAGAGAAGAUUUUAGACUCGUCAUCAUCAUCAGUCAGCCCAGCUGAACUCGCCUCCUAUGGAAACCGUGUGUUAAAAACCAGUGAGAAACUCAUCUCUACGUUGGUGAAGCCGACAGACACAAGUGACAAUGUCAGUUUGGCUCUUGCUGCUGUUGAGGUUGAAGUCUUCAUGGUUGGACCAAGUGUCGCCUUAAAUAAAAUCCCUCGACUUGACACGACAAACUCUUCUGUGGACAUUGAUCUCAUUGGGAUUGCCAAGAACAAUAAAGGAUCAGCUGCUGUGGCUUUCAUGGGUUACAACACAAUGGAGAAUCUACUGAAGCCCGACUUCUUCAACACAUCAAAUGAUACGGUUAAAACCAUGAUGUCCACUGUGAUCUCAGCUACUCUUCCCAAAACCAACAACACUAAACUUACCAAACCAGUCAACUUCACCCUCAAACACAUCAGAGAGUUUGACCUCAACGGUUCUCUGUCUUGUGUGUACUGGAAUAUCAGCGAAUGGAUUGUAGAUGGUUGUUCUGUUUUAGAGACCAACAGCAACUACACUGUGUGUUCCUGUGUUCAUCUGUCGACAUUCGCUCUCAUCAUGCAAACCAGCAGACCACCAGAGAGCGACUCACAGCUGGAUCUGUUGAAUUUGGUGUGUGUGAUCGUGGGGCUGGUGUUCUUCAGUUUGGCCCUGUUGACCUUUGCCCUUUGUCAGUGGAGUCCUGGAGUGAAUAAUGUGGCUCGAGUCAACAUCUGCAUCAGUCUUCUGUUGGCUCACCUUCUGUUCCUGCUCACACAACAGUUCCUGGACCUCAUACGCCCUCAGCAGGUGUUGUGUGCCGUGAUAUCAGGUGUGCUGCACUUCCUCUUUCUCUCCGGCUUUGUGUGGAUGUUCAUUGAAGCUGUGCUGCUCUUCAUCUGCGUGAAGAACCUAUCACAGAUCAGCUCCAAAAAGAGGGAGGUGCUAAGCAGUGGAUUCCUGUGUGUGAUUGGAUAUACGGUUGCUCUGGUUGUGGUGGCCGUGUCUGUCGGGCUGCUUCCUGAAGGCUACGGCAGUGAAAACUGCUGGAUUAAAAUGGAUAAAGGUUUCAUCUGGAGUUUUCUGGGUCCUGUUUGUGUCAUACUAGCAUUAAACAUGAUUCUCUUCAUCAACAUCAUCAUCAAACUGAACUCAACUCUCAAAAAUCUGAACGCUGAAGUUUCACAGAUGAAACAAACCAAGACUAUGACAUUUAAAACACUGGCUCAGUUUGUGGUUCUUGGUUGUUCCUGGAUUCUGGGUUUCUUCACUAAUGGCAGGAAGGAGCUGGAGAUCCUCUUCCUGAUCUUGAACUCCCAGCAGGGAACCUUCAUCUUCCUGGUCUAUUGUGUCCUCAAUAAUGAGGUCAGGCAGCAGUACAGGAAGUGCUUCAGAUGUCUUUGCUGUGGACGCAAACAACACUGAGGACAAUAGCAGCAUCUUCAGGAAAUAAAAAGUACUGCUCAAGUGCCAUUAAUAUAUGGGUGAUGUUGUCAUGAUUCCAGCCUGUAUUCCCCUGUCUCAUGGUUAAGGACUUUUAUGUUGAAGUUUUUCUUUUCAAUUGUUUCUGUGUUCACUUCCUGUGUUUAGUUUCUUGUUGCCCUUGUUCCUUACUCCAUUGUCUGUUUCCAUAGCUACCCUCAUUUGUUACUAUGGCCACUCGUUGAAUACACCUGUCUCUCGUUAGCCCCAUGGUUUCCUUGUGUAUUUAUCAUGAUGUAGGACUUUAAAUGACAAAACACUCACUUGCAAAUAUUUGAGAAUCGGAAUAUCAGAUAGUUGAUGACAUGGUGAUAAAAGCAAUACAUCUGUCGUACAGUGUGGCCGCAAUGUGUCACGUGACAAUUAUGACAAGUCGUCAUGGAAAAUAAAAAGGAAACAUUCUAAUGGUGGCCUUAACUCUGGAAGGUCAGCCAGAAUAUUUUAAACUUGUGUGUGAAAGGGUUCAUCUAACUUUUAUUAAAUUUAAUUAAACAUUUAAUCUAAUUUCUUCCCAAUGUCCAUUUUCAAAUAAAGUCAUUGUGUGACAGUUGUUGUCAGCUCGUGUAGUGUGUAACCCCCUGUUGCGGAUCAUUUACGUAGGGUCACGUAGUGUGAACACCACAACGACUUCAAGACUCCACAGCAAGUCAUGUAGUCUGAACAGCACAGCGAUCUGCUGACGUUUAAAGUCCUGUAGUGUAAACUUGGCAUUAAGUGGCGUGAGAAAGUCACUUAAACUACACGAAAUCCGAUCAGAGCAGUCAGACUCACUGACACGGAUUUCUAGAAAUGCAAUUUGAAUAGGAUUCCAAACCACAUAUGAAUGUUGCUCGAAACAGAUUUUUAAAAAUCACAUUUAAUGUUUGGAAAAAUUUGGAUUUGGACUGACAGUCUGAAUGUAGCCUUAUACCUGUGUUUUAGAUGCCUUGUGUCUGUCCUUGUUUUAGCAUGUUUCAUAAAGCUGUUACGUUCUUGUUCCUUCCAUUUUGUUCCUGUUCCUGGUUUGGAUUUUUGAUGUGGAAUAUCUUUGUUUGUGUUUUUGGAAUCAAUGUUGCUCCAUCCUGAUUCUUGCUCCUCCUUUUCCCUGCUGCUUCGUAACAAAUGUUAUAUUUAAAUACACAGAAUCAAUGUUUUGGGUGUUAAAUGUAGUCUCAGCCCAUUUCUUUAUAUGGAAAAAAAGAUUAUUAUUUAAUCUUCUUUUGAAACCUACAAGAUUUUUUUUGGUGGAGGGUGAAAAGCAUUUUUUACAGACUGAGUUGAGCUCAGAAAUCUACUUUUUUCUUUAAGGAUCCUUUUUAUAUAUAAAUAUUCAUAUGGCAAAAUAUAUUUUCAGAAGGGAAGGUCACAGGUUUCAUAUGUAGGGGAUUUACCUUUAUAACUAAACUUAAGAUAUCAUCUGUUCAUAUACUUAUUUUAAAAUGGCUUGUAUUUUUGUAUUAAAACACAUGAAUAAUGAUUGUAUUUUUUAUUUUUUUUAUUUUUUUUGCUUUUGCUUUCGUUCAGGUUUUAUUUUAAUGUUUUGUUACAAAGUUAUCUCUUAAUAAACAGUGUGAU